AUGUCGUCAUCGAUUUAUGAAAUAUUUCAUUACAUUCCACCAGCUGUCAAUCAAUGUUUAUUAACACCUUUAACUAAUAAUAUAUCUAAUUCAAGUUCAUUUAUUAUUCCAUUACAACAACCAUUUAUCCCAUGUCAAUUGCAUAAUAUGACCGAUAAUUAUACAAAUCAUGUACAACUUGUUGAUAGUAAUUAUUUAAUGCGUGCACCAACACAUUUCGAUUGUUAUGUACUUUUAUUUUUUGCUCGUUGGUGUCAAUUUUCAGUUCGUUUUGCACCCUAUUUUAAUGCAAUACCACGUGCAUUUCCUGGCCUAGAUUUUGUUGCAUAUGAUGUAUCAAAAUCGCUCCGUUAUAUGACUUAUUUUGGUACAAAUGCUGUUCCAAGUGUAUUUAUAUUACGAAAAAAUAAAUUAUUAGCAAGAUUAAAUAGUACAAAUGAUAUUCAAAUAUUUAUUUCUCUUAUUGAAUCAACAUUACAUUUAAAUCAAACAACUAAUAUAACAAUUAAUGAAGAAGAUCGUCUUGGACCUGUAACAACAAUAUUUGAACCAUCAUUUGAUUAUGCAUUACUUUUCUCAUGGUUAUUCGUAGGUUUAUUUAUUUAUUAUUAUGCUGAUAAAUAUAAUCUUUUAUCAAAUAUACGUCAAAGAUUUUCUCAUGAAAAUUAA